UGCAUCUUAUGGGUUCCCUGUGUGGUUCGGUCGUAGUUUUCAACAUGGCGGAUAAUUUUGAACUUCUUACUUCCUUCGAAGUCCUCGGUGACAUUCCAGUAAAAAAAUACCGAUCUAAGCGAACUGGAAUACAGUUCUGUUUUGCUCAGGUUCGAGGUCCGCUCGUGAACGGCUUUCUCUGUCUGGCUACAGAAGCCCAUGAUGAUGAUGGCCUCCCUCACACCUUAGAACACCUGGUCUUCAUGGGAAGCGAGCAGUACCCCUACAAGGGCUUGCUAGACUUGCUGGCCAAUCGAUGCCUGGCCCAGGGUACCAAUGCCUGGACAGCAACUGACCACACCUGCUAUACCAUAGAGACAGCGGGAAGUGAAGGGUUCAUCAACUUGCUACCAAUCUAUCUUGACCAUGUGCUCUACCCCACGUUGACGGAGUCUGCAUACAUCACUGAAGUCCAGCACAUCAACGGAGAGGGUGAGGAUGCAGGUGUGGUGUAUUGUGAGAUGCAGGCCAGAGAGAACUCUGGUAACAGCAGAACACACCUAGCACUUCUCCGCAACCUCUACCCCGGGCAUUGUGGGUUUAAGUCUGAGACAGGAGGAAUUAUGGAAAACCUGAGAACAUCAUGCAGCCAUAAAAAAGUCUGUGACUACCACCAUCAAUUCUACCGUCCAGACAACCUAUGCGUGGUUAUCACAGGCCAAGUGGACCCAGAGAAGGUCUUUGAAGCACUAACACCAUUUGAAGAUCGCAUUCUUGUCAAGUCUAUUGACCUUGUAUUGCAGGGCCAACUACCACCUCAUGUACGACCAUGGCAGGACCCCGUCCCUCCCCUCCCUGUUACAACAGACGUGACUAUCCCCUUCCCCACCGAGGAUGAGUCAUCUGGGAUGGUACUACUCGGCUGCCGCGGGCCACCGUCCAGUGACAGGCGGCACAUGGCAGCCAUGCAAAUAAUGUUGGAUUACCUCACAGACUCUUCCAUAUCACCUCUACAGAAAAACCUGGUGGAGAUAGCUGACCCAUUCUGUAGUGAUGUCGGUUACCAAGUGAUUGAACACAGUGAGUGCUGUGUUUACAUCAAAGCGAUGGAUGUCCCCUCUGACAAACUGUCUGGGGCACGGCAGAAGAUCAUUGAAGUCAUUAGUAGUAUAGCAGAUGGAAGUGAAGCCCUGGACAUGACUCGCAUGGCCACCGUGAUCCACAGAGUGAUUCUUGAUACCAAAGACAAGAUAGAGAACGACCCCCAUGACACCUUUGCGGACCUGGUCAUUUACGACUUCCUGUACUCUCACAGCAGCAAAGAGCUGGAGAAAAGGGCUGAUUUCAUACAUGAGCUGACAUCACUGCAGUCAGAGGGAGAGCAGUACUGGAAGGAAUUUCUCAAGUCAUACUUUGUGAAAGCACCUCUGGUUAUGGUUAUUGGUGAACCAAGCAAGCAGCUGAUGGAGGACAUGGCGGCGGCAGAGAAGGCUCGUGUGGCAGCACAACGAGAAGCUCUGGGAGAGACAGGACUCAAGGAGAAAGCAGAGAGAUUGAAAAAAGCAUCUCAGGAGAAUGAGGUUGCUCCACCCCCAGAAGUGGUUGCUCGCAUCGCCAUCCCUUCCACAUCAAGUAUCCUGUUCCACCCAUUGACCAUGAUUAGUAAUAGACGUCCUGGCAGUUUUGCUGACCCGCCUUUCCCAGUCACAGAUAUACCAUAUGCCUUCCAAUUUGACAACGUCUCAACCAUGUUUGUAAAGCUCACCGCUCUUCUAGAUACCAGUGGGUUGUCAGAGGAGCUAAAGCCGUACCUCAGCCUGUACCUGGAGGUGAUCUUCGAGUCUCCUGUCCUCAGAGAUGGAGUUCUUGUCCCACACGAGGUGGUUGUGGCCCAGCUGGCAUCUGACACUCUUGCCCAGUCCGCCUCAGUCGGGGUGAGUGGAGGGAGAUUCAGCGCAGGAGAUUUUGACCAACUCGCCUCAGUCUCCCUCAAGAUGGAAGCUGAGAAAUACACGAAAGGCGUUCGCUGGCUCCAUGAGAUCCUGUACAAGACACAGAUGAGCAAGGAACGUCUGGACAUUGUGGCCAAGAAGAUGAUCAACGAGGUCACAAGUAUGAAGCGCAAUGGUCGCAUAGUAACUCGUGAUCUGCUAAGAAGUAUCGUCUUCUCCAAAAAGAGUAAUCAUUUCUCCACCAACAUGGUGAGACAGCACCUGUUCUUGACGAAGCUGACUGAGCAACUCGCAUCUAAACCUGAUGAGGUAAUAAGCAAGAUGGAGGCCGUGCGCAAUAUGCUUACUAAUCCUGCCAACCUGCGCAUCCACGUGACAGCUGACGUCACAAAAAUUCCCACAAACCCCCAUACAGUGUGGAAGGAAUCCUUCCUUCCUGAACAAUCAGCAGUCAUCCCAAAAAGCUUACCUGAGGUAUCUCCUCCGAGUGCAUUUUUGGACAGGCCGCUGACCCAUGGCAAAAUCGUGGGCUUGGGCUCAGUGGAGUCAUCCUAUCUUAUCCAGGCAGCGUCUGGAAUAAGUACCUUUGACCACCCUGACCUGGCCUCACUCAUGGUCUAUCUGGAAUGUCUUAUUACCCUUGAGGGUCCUAUAUGGCGUCAAGUCCGUGGGCUGGGGCUCAGCUACCACUACAGCAUGCGUGUGGAGCCAUCCUCAGGCCUCCUGUACUUCAUCCUUGCGCGCUCCACUCAUCUCGUCAAGGCGUACCUCAAGACAAAAGAGAUUGUUGAUGGCUAUCUCUCCGGUGAGACUCUUAUCAGCGCCGGCGAGCUAGAGGCCGCCAUCAGCAGCGUCAUCUUCAGUAUCAUCAACCGAGAGAAGUCUGUGUCUAGUGUGGCUAGCGAGAGCAUGCUGGGAGAGUUCCGCGGAGUACAGCCUGGAUACAACAGGGACCUCCUCAACAAGGUAUCACAGGUCACCAUGAGCGACCUCGAGCGUGUUGGUCAGCGGUAUCUAGCUCCAUUGUUCGAUCCUGUGACGUCAUGGUGCGCUGUGUGCUGUAAUCCCUCCAAGGUAGACGAGAUCAAGCAGGGACUCAAGAGCCUCAACAAGGAGCUGAUUGUUGUCCCCUCACUCGAAGAGGAAUUUACUUGGGCCUAGGACUCCGCGACCAGGGAUAACGCAUUCAGCUUGACCUACGAUCUCACGGCCGCCAUUUAACGCAAUCACUCGUUAUAAUCAUUAGUUUAUUGGUUUAUCUGAGGAAAUGAGGGUUUUCCCUGCACAGAGACAGUAAUUCAUCUAUCUUAUAUAACAUUGAAUCUUCUCACCUCACCAUCGAUAGGUAUUUAUUUAUCAAUACAUAUAGGUUUUAUAACGAGGUGAAAAAUACCUUUUACACAACUUCUAUAACUCUGACAAUUUGCAAGUCCCCGGGUGUGACACCAUACAGGGGAUCUAGGAUAACUCCUUAUUUGGGUUUAACACCUUAUUUGGGAUAAAACACCUUGUUCACACCAUAUUAGCGUGAAACAUCGUAUACUGUACUGUUGCUGACAUUUUCGAGAACUUCUGUUUAGUAAAGCUUUUGAGUGUACCUAAUUAGUAGUGAGAGAGGUAAAAGAGGCUAGGGCUACUAAGCUUCUUUUCUUUAUUCGUGCUCGACUGAUUGUUUUUGUUAAGAGAGGCAAAAAAGGCCAGGGCUACUAAGCCACUUUUCUUUAUUCGUGCUCAACUGUUGCUUUUGUUAUUUUGCUGUCAGGGCGAGUCAAGCUAGUAAUAAUUAUUAUAAAUCAAGAUAAUAACAAGUCGAGCAAGUCCAGCAAGUAAUAAUUAUAUAUCCUUGUAUACCAAUGUAUCAACGCGCUAACCACAAAGCAUGAUUAAAAACUUAGAAACUGCAUUGGUGUGUUGUUUACUCACCAGAUAUUCAUCGAAACACCAAACCGAACGAUGAGUUGUUUACUCAGUAACCUUAUUAGAAAUUUUUUGAAUAAGUGUAAGCGAAUAACAUUUUGAAAAAAAGGUCUCUUACAUGAAUCCGCAUCAAUUAUGAGUUUGUUUAAAUUACUAAAGUACUUCUUUUCUCGUUGAGUGCAACAGUUAUCGGUAUUUGUUUAGAACUAAAUGUUUUACAUCAUCACUAGUAAAUCUGAAUUCCCCGAUACUAGCCUCCUUUUUGUCAAUUCGAAUGAAUCUCAGGCUAACUUGUACUUGCAGAGAAAAAUACCCAUCUUGAAGCCCCAUCCCUGCAACAAGGCAUUAAUUAGGCCGUGCCGUGAUGAUUUGCGCGCAAACUUGAGCGAUGGCUUUGUCCAGAUGUAACGAGAAUGCGCGAAAGUUUGUAACAAAGCGCGAGAAUUAGGAAGCAAAUAAACACAUGCUGCUAUACCAUAUAUGCGCUUGUUUAACAAGGUCUUCGCAUCUUUAGCUAAGCAAACCAAUUAGCAACUUAAUACUUGUCGGUAGUCCCUGUUGCCAUACCCUGUAGGAUCUGCUACACACGCUAAACCGACAAACUGCUAAACUCUAUAUCUCGCUUGUAUAACAACCUCUUUAGAAAGCAAAGCCAAUUAGGAACGACCUCCUAAGCUAAACCGACAAGCUCUCUAAUUCGCUUGUUUAACAAAUACUUAGGAACUUCAGUUAAGCAAACCUAAUUAGGAACUGCCUCCCAAGCUAAACAGACAAACCCUUUAAGGCGAGUAUCAAUUGCAAGGCAGCUGCAAGGAUUAUAAAGCUGCGGUCGACCUGCAUGUAUUCUGCACUCUGCAAGCAAGACUCUGACGUGACUGAGAAACAUGAAGGCCGUCUUUCUCGUCGCUGUAUUCCUGACUGUGACUCUGCUGACUUGUGAUAAAGCCUACGGCAUCAACCUGUUGUGGCACGGCAAGCGAGGCGCGGCUCAGAGGGAGUAUGCGGAGGUAAGGCGCUCAGUCUGCUUCUUGGCCAAACAAGCGCAAUGCGAUGACUACCCAUCAAACAACAGGAGAUGAGCUAUGACGUCACCUGCAUCACCAUGACAACCACAGAGAGUUAAAACGAGUCCCGGAACUUCUGUAUAACAAAACUACUAAGUUUUAUUAUUGUACUUGUUACAGGAAGAAAGUAAAGAUUGAACUAUGAA